AAUAAGGCAAAACGAUGUUGUGAGCCCUGGAUGCGUGCUGAUUUGUCGGCUGGCACUCUUAAUUUUGCAGUGUCGGACUUGCUUCGGAAACUACCGAACCAUGGCGUGGGAGCAAUUGUAACACGCGACACGUGGCACCCGGAGUCAAAGAAAUACUGGGAGGUGGUCGAGGUUGCACCCUCAACGGCUGACCCCACCAAGCUCAGCGCCUGGGGAUACCAAUACUUCAAGGGUGAGCGCCAGCACCCGGCGCCCAAGCGCAUCGCCUCGGUGUGGAAGUACGGCUGGCUGCUGAAGGAGCAGCCGGGGGCGGGGCUCAGCGCGGCGGUGCUGCAGCAGCUAUCGGAGCGCCAGGCGGCGGCGCAGGCAGCGGGCCUCGUGGCGGGCGGCAGCGAGGCAGCGGCGGGGACAGGAGCCGCGUCCACGUGAGGGCAGGCAAGCGGCAUGACCGCUGGACGUUUCGCGGCGCAGUUGCCGCACAAAGGAUAGGCAGGCAGGACUACUGUACUUAGCUUAUGGAAUGAUGAGUGCGUGUUGUGAUUGAAGCGCCGAGCACAGGCGGCACAUGAGCACAGGCCUUGUCGAUUGAAUUGUGAAGCGUACGGCAAGAUACGGGGGAAACGGCGUGUGUGCAGCGGAAGGCGACCCGACUGGGAUGGACGCAUGCGCCCGAGUCGGCAUGCUUGCGGCACACAUGCGGUCGUCGCUAUGAAUGGAACGUGCCCGGGUGUUACAGACAGGGCCAGGGGUUUCGGGGCAGGUGGGGUGGGUGGGCGCACCUACCUGCGCCGACCACACGCCGGACGGGUAGGAGGCUGCGCCGGGUAGGGCUGCGUGAUUGCGGACGUGAAGGGUUUGGAGGAUUAGCUGGGUAGGGGCGUAGGGCUUCGUAGGCUUGUAGGUGGGGCUGGAAUGCGGCGAGACCCGAAGGCCCGGCGGGCUUCGCGGCUACGGCAGUGCAGGCUGUACAGCUCUUGGCUAGUUGAUGAGACAGGCCCUGGACUGUGGGUGGUGGUGCGAGGCUGCUGGAGGGUGUGGUGGGCGGCUGGGCGCUGUGAGCCUGUGAAGCGUCCUGUGAGUCCCUGCAUGCCAGCUGGGCAGUGUUCGAACGUAUGAAAGCUGUAGGGGAUAUGGAUUGCCGAACGCUCACACUCCCUGUAACGUGCGGAGGUGUGGGUUUUAAGGGGGAUUGUGGCUUGACGCACUGAGUGAGUAACAAGUGACACGAGCGCGAAACCCCAUUGGCAGGCGGCCAAGUGAAUGAGUUGAC